UCUUGAACCUCUCGCCAGCGACGGACGCUGAAAAGCAGAAAAAAGGAGUUAAAUAUUCCAACCUAACCUGACAAACAGGGAUAUGUCCGCUAGAAUCAAGGACAUUUGAAACAAUAAAGGUCAAAUACCUUGAAACGACCAGGGGACAGUUGCAGAGACGGUACAACAGCCAUCUAAGUGCCCGGACCUUCAAGUCAUCUUUUUUUGCCGGAGGAGGAAGGGAGAGUCGAGUCGAGUCACCGACAGAAAAACACAUCCAGAGUGAAAUCAUGAAUCCCGAAUAUGACUAUCUGUUCAAGCUUCUGCUCAUUGGAGAUUCUGGAGUAGGAAAGUCCUGUCUUCUGCUGCGCUUUGCAGAUGACACCUACACUGAGAGCUACAUCAGCACCAUUGGAGUGGACUUCAAGAUCCGCACCAUUGAGCUGGAUGGCAAGACCAUCAAACUGCAGAUUUGGGACACCGCAGGUCAGGAGAGGUUUCGUACCAUCACUUCCAGUUACUACCGUGGAGCCCAUGGCAUCAUAGUUGUAUACGAUGUGACAGAUCAGGAGUCCUAUAACAAUGUCAAGCAGUGGCUUCAAGAAAUCGACCGCUAUGCCAGUGAAAAUGUCAACAAGCUUCUGGUGGGCAAUAAGUGUGACCUGACCACCAAGAAAGUUGUGGACUACACAACAGCCAAGGAGUUUGCUGACUCUUUGGCCAUCCCCUUCCUGGAGACAAGCGCCAAGAACGCCACAAACGUAGAGCAGGCUUUCAUGACCAUGGCUGCAGAGAUCAAGAAGCGCAUGGGCCCUGGGGCCACAGCUGGCGGCGACAAGCCCAAUUUAAAAAUCGAGAGCACCCCUGUCAGGCAGUCUGGAGGGGGUUGCUGUUAAAGGACCCUUCGCCUCCACCAUUUCCACACUGAUUAUAUCCCUUUCUUCUCCUUCUGUGUUCCCUCCCGUCACCUCCAUCACUCCCACACCACACCAUUCUGCCAUAACACUCUGUAACCCACAGCCAGCUCUCUCUCUCUCUCAGGCUGCCUGGAGAUACAGGAUGGCUGGGCAAACAGAGGAGUAAACUGUAAGAGUAUUAAGAUCAGAAAACAGAUUGGAAUUUUGUGAGGGUUAAUUCAGGCCUGUACACUCACCAAACAGAGAGAAGAAAGUAACCAGUGUGUGAGGGAGGGGCAAAAACAGACACCAAGGCAACUUGUAGUUUCUGCCAAGAGGACAGAAAGAAAACAGAUAUGGGGAAUGAUUGGUAUUGAUUUAGAGUGGAAUGGAGUCAGUGGAAGAUUAAGUUUAGAUACCUGUGAGCUUAUCUGUACACACACACACACACACACACACACACAGACUCACACUCACACACACAAAAAUAAUGGGGUGGCAUGGACGAAAGAGAUUUAAGCAUUUUGGCCAAACACGUUUCUCCUCAGAGUGUGUCUGUUUUGCUGAUGUCAUCUUAUGCCCCCCCCCAACUCAAAUGUUUGGUCCCAGGAAUUGUUUACCUGCACAAACACACACACAGGUGCAUUGUGCUUGAGUCAUGCACUGCAGAUGUUCUGUACACAGUAGGAAGUAUUCCUGAAUAGCAGCAGCCUGCAAACAGUGACUCAUCAUUGCCAUUUACUGAUGAAGAUCCAGGGAAAACCUGUUCCGUGAGCCUCCUCUCCCUCCAUCUGUCCUCUUCCUCAUAUUCCAUUCUUACUUUGUUAAGGUGUGUUCAGACAAAGUGAAGCAAAUUUUCUCCUCAAUUGUGCAGAUUGGAUGGCUGGACACCACAGUCCGUUGUGACUGGCCCCAAACAGCCAGUGUAUCAGCUGUGAUGACAUUAGCUUUAACGGACGCACCAACAGUGUGUAUGGGAAUAUGCCCAUAUGUGUUUGUGUUCAGCUCAGCCUCUGACUGAUGUCAGAACUCAGUAGGAACUCUGGUUCUUUCUGUCAUUUUUCCUCAGUCUCUCUCCUUUUUCCUCUCGUCUCUGUUUGUUUGUGAAGCUACAUGAUGAUAGAUUUUUUGCUCAAAUUGAAGCAUUUUCAACUUGCACUGAUGCGCCUUCUGCUCAGUUUGCCGCGCCCAUGGCAGAUUCUCGUCUAAUUGCGCUUACUUGCGUCUUUCCAUUGACUUAGAAUUCAAUUACACUCUCUCUAAAAUUUGCAUUUUUCUGUCUGAACACACUUCUAAGUUCUCAUUAUGAUUCAAACGAAUUAGAUCUCUCCUUGAUGGGAGUCAUGGUGUUGAACUUGAUUGUACACGUGUAAAGUCACAGAAGUAGUAAUGUAAAAAAUGGGGGGAAAAGAGAGCUUGCUUUCACAUCUCUUCACACCUGUUGCUUACACCAAAGUAUGCAUGAUUGUUGGAUUAUAGUCACAAAAAUUGUUGGAUGCAACCCCUGACUCCAUGGCUAAAAAGCAGCUUUCAGACGUUACUACAAGCAUUUUAAAGCAUACUGAGGCCUUUAGUGCCUGCUCACAAAAGAAAGUGGCACAGUGAGAUAAAUUUCUGCAUCCUCGCAAAGUGAACCUAGUGAUGUAGUGACUUAAAUCUGAACCAACAUUGAGAUCACAUAAUGGAGGAAGAUCUACAUGCAAAGCCAGAUUAUAGGUAGUUUGACAGAAACAUUAGCCAGGGGAUUUCUUAACCAAACUCCCCGCUCAGCACUUGAGGUAGAAAACGAGCGUUGGAGGCUCAGUUAAUUCCAAAAGUAAAUAUUAGAGCUGGGAUGGAGGUGGUGGUUGUCAGAACUGUUAUAUAUACUGUUAGUUUUUCUUUUUACUCUUCAGACUUCAAAUUAAUAAUUUCAUAUGUAAAAGAAAGAAAUGUGACAAAAUGCUGUAACAUUUAGCACUGACCUCCUGGAAUGACACUAAAUAUUACAGUCAGAGGGCAGAUAGCCUUGGACACAGAUGACAAGGUGUGAUAAAAGUGGUGGUGGUGGAUGGGGAGGGUGUUCUGAGUUAGACCUUCUGACAAACAGAAGCAAUUGGCAAUACCCUGCAUUGAUCUUACAAUUACUGUUAUACCAUUGUUGUCGUAAUAUUGUUUUUUUUUAUUUUUCCAUUGAUACUUCUGAUGGAGGCAACUUGUAAAAUUAGCUUAAAGGCUCAUUCAGUACAUUACAGAGUAUGUUUUAGGAUGUCAUUUCAUUCUUGCUUGUUUGCAGAUGAAGCUGGGGUAGACGCGGUGUGGGUGUGUCUGUUGGCUAAGGGGUUGGGGUCUUACAAAAGCUGCUCUUCCCUCCCUGAGAUACCUGUUUGUCAAACAGUGUCUUCAAUUUGGACCAUGUCUUUUAUGUCCCUGAGGAUUUCUGGUUCAUAAGAAGCUUUAGUGCUCUAGUUUGUACUGCUUAUGUAAUUCUUUUAACAUUUGAGUCUUUUACACUGAUUAUUAAGGCCUCAGUAUACUUCAAAUGAAGUAGGUCGUACGAAAUGUCAUCUGGCAACAUCUAUAGGCAACAGUUCUUACACCUGUUCCAAAUGCCACACUCAAAGGUGAGGCAGAAAGGCUGACGUCAUAAAGAGGGGCGAGAUAAAGCUUACAAAUGGGGAUGACAGUGCGCGUUUUUGAACAGUUUCUGUGACUUAAGUAAAUGAGAGAGAAGUUCAGUUCCUGCCUACGUUCACAACUUCACACACCUGGCCAACCACUUUGUUAAGUUACAAAAUUUGACAGAUGCAUCUUGUCUUGAUUCUGGUGAUGCAAAAGGGGGUUUCAGAUGCUGUUAAAUGAUUCAACAAGCACUUUGCUUGAAGCAUACUGAUGCCUUUAAAUUCCGCAGAAGAGGUCAUUCAACAGACCUCUCUGCAUUUUUGUAGAAAUACCCAGAAAUAUAUAUAUCUACAUUAUAUAUAGACAGGGACACUGGAAGACUUCCCCUAUCGUGUGAUAAUUCUAGGAGUGUUUUUAAAUGUGUGUUCAUGUGUGAUUAAGGACUGGUUAGUUUUUAAAAUUUUAUUUGUAUUUGAACUUUCACAUUCAAAUAUCAUUCUUGACGUCAAGAUAAUCUUAACUCAAGGUCCAUUUACCAGCUUUUUCCAGAGCUUUCACCGUCCUUAUCAGCAGAAACUCUCAGAAGCUAAGUAGUGGACCUUGAGUUAAGUUUUUUUUUUUUUUUUUGAUUUUUUGUCAUGGUAUGAGUAUUUAUUUUUAAUGAAAACAGUGGCUUAUUUCUCUAGAUUAAAUUUAAUCAUUGAUGUCAAAGUCUCAAAUGUAAAAUAGGACAAUUACAUGUAGGUUUGGGUGUAGUUAAAGAAUUUAAUAUACUAGUGCUGAUACAUUACCGGAGUACUGAUAUAGUACAAGAAGCUGUACAAGAACUUUGCCUAAAUAAAACGGUCUAAAAGUGACAUUUGACAAAGUAGUUAGUAAAAAAAAAAAAUCUUAACUUAAAGUCCACUUAAAUAGCUUUUUCCAGAGCUUUCAACUUCAUUUUAUGCAUUUUUGGCGAUGGAGACAAGACUGUAAAAUGUGUUGGAAGGCUAUGGAAGAGGAUAGUAAGUGGAUGUAGAGUUAAAUUGUUUUAUCAAACUAGCAAAAUUCAGAUUUAAACAAACUGAUCAAAAAUAAGUCAAGAAGAGCACAAAUUUGACUACACUUUCAAUGCCAACUGUCUGCACAGGACAGUUUUCAAUACGUGACGCUAUGGAUACAUUUUAGCCAGUGCAAAAAAGUACAGUAACCAGCCCUUUCAGAGCACCAAACUGGAGCUAGCAGUUUCUCCUCAUGCUGUACGAGACAUUUAAGUAUACAGUAUUAUCAGUUUUCAUCAGACAGGCUGUUCACCAUGACCGCCAACGGUUGGCUUAGUAAUGUUGAAAUCGGAGAUAGGUAUGGGGCUGUAUACAUGCCUGGAGCACCGAGCGGUUCCCUGCUUCUCAUAGCUGUGUUAGGUCUCAGUGGUAUUCCAAGGAAACUAGAAGGAAUGUGAGGAAGAGGGUCCUCGAGAAAUGAGUGACAAGUCAACCUCUUCACUUGAAACCAUACCAAUCUCAGAUGCAACUUUUUCCCCCUUUUUUAAAAAGAACUGGAAAGUGUGAUAUUGUUGUAGAAAGCUGGUUACACUUUAAAUAAGAGACAUACUAUACUAGAGUAGCAUUAGGGCCUUCGAAGAACUUACUCUUUCAGUUCUCUUGGUAAUCUUUGGUCUAGUUGUACACAGCAGGGAGAUGUACAUUCUGUUCCAGGCCAUAGUAAGUUUGAUCACGUGCAUUGUGUUUGGUGGCGUCCGGAGGUUCAGGGACUGACUGGUCUUGGUUUGUUGACCGGAUAUGAACUCCCUACUAUCCCCUCCAGCUAACCAUGUCACUGCAACUUGAUGAAUUCCUUAAGAUCCUGUCUGAUCGCCCCCUUCACUCAGAUAAGGGAAUCUCAUCCAGGCUCUGGUUGCUCCCCUGGUUCUCUUUGCAAGAAAAACUUGUGUUUUGCAUUUCAGGCACAAAACCGCCUUGGGCCGUGGGGAUGUGUUACCCUGAGAACACCAGCCUUCCAUUUGUGAAGCCUCAUCACUGAUUUAUGCUCAGUCAGAAAGCUUAAGAUCUAGUGGGAUCAGAGCUAAGCACAGAUCUGACUACUUCUGAUCAUGUUGGCAUCCCUUGGAGAUCGAGCGGAUGUUAGCAUCAGUUUACGUCGAGUUAAACUGGAAUGCUGUAGUCUGCUGUGCAGGAAUCUCACAUUAACGGGGAGGGAAAGAAACAGCAGUGUGUCUGUGUGUGCGCGCACAACGGGGCGGGGUCGUGUAUAACAUUCCCCAGCUUUCUGGAUACAUGUCGGUAUCCCGGCAUCACGCCAGUCUCACUUGAGUAGAUGCAGAACAAGCAGUCAUUUGAAAUUAACACUCAAGUCUCUCACACACACAUAUACUGGAUAUUUUGCGCUUUGAUGACUGAUUUACUUUUUUAUUUUAUUUUUUUUAAUCUUUCUUUGAGACUUGAUAUUCUACUGAUUUUAAUGUAUUCAUUGAAUACUAUAGUGUGUCGUCUAGUCCAUGGAAGUAUAAGGGGACACUGGGUAGGGUGGGAAGUCUGAUGUGGGUGGGGUUAAACUGAUGUAGGGUGAGGCUUUUACUUAUGAAUGUGAUUCUGAUGAAACAAUUCUUGACUUUUUUUCUUUAGUUCUCUUUUUGUAUUCAUUUAGGAUUGUAUGUCAUUUGCACACUUGUUCAUUGCUGUUCAAUGGCUUAAUAAAGGCACUCACUAGGUGUUUGUUAAUAAAAAAGCACUGGGCAGGAGCUCACCUCUCAGUCACCUUCUGUCUUUUUUCGUUUAGCUUGUUCACCUUGGUGCUGUCUCCCUGCUGAGUUUGAUCAUGUUUUU